AUGAGUUUUCCGAGUUUUUCGAGUUUUCCGUGGCCUCCAGCUUCGGCCGUCCCUGCCGGCUAUACGGUGGCGGCUUUGUUACUUUUGCCGCCGCCGCCACCACCACCAGCAGCAUCAUCAGAGCUGAACAAGUCCAGGCGGCACAGAGGCGGCCGCAGACGUCAACGGGCCGCCGGUGUUGUGCUUCAGAACAACGAGUGGCCCGACGAGCCGCCCGCCGAAAAUUAUUUCACGCCGGCGGCAGAUUGGAGCAAUGAAUGGGACGAGCCCGUCCCAGAGGCCACAGAGGCCACGGUGGCCACGGAGCAAGAAGAGGACUGGGACGUGCCCGUCCCAGAGGCCACGGAAGCCACGGAGCAAGAAGAGGACUGGGACGUGCCAGUUCCAGAGGCCACCGAGGCCUUGGUGGCCAUGGAGCAAGAAGACGGGUUGCUAGAAGACGAAGACUGGGACGAUGGGGUGCCACCCUGCCCUGCCUCAAAGGUUGGACUGGCUCGAAGGCAGGGAACGAGCCAGUCCAAGCUUUGA